AUGAGUGCUAUAUAUACAUACUUCACUCAUGAAGUCAUUUCUGAAUUUGAAGGCAAUGGCUCCGAAUCAGUAAUUGAGGUUUUGGACUCAGUCAGUUUUUCAGAAGCAGGAUCAGAUUCGGUUGAAGAGAGUGAAACCAUAGUAGCCACUAUUUUCACCGAGCUUUUGUUAUCUUUUGAAGACGACAAACUCAGUCUUGAUCCGAUAAUGCAGUUCUUAUUUUCCUCAAUAAAAAAUGAUAAUGUAGCCCGGAUCUUUUGUCAAGUUCUCAGUGUAUUUCCAGCUACCGAGAAGAUUCUGAAUUUGCUCCAGCUUUUAUGCCGAAAACAAAACAUCAUCAAACCAGAAGCUAUAGUGUCCUAUAUAAGUACGGAUUUGUUGAAGGAGCUGGAUGUUGUGCCCAAGGCUGUUUUGACCAAGACGCUUAACGGACGUAUCAGAGAUGAGUUCUAUACUCAGAAGAAGUACAACCUCUUGCACGAGGAGAUAGAUGGCUACUCCAAAUUUAUCGUAGAAAUCUAUAACAUCUUCCGAUUUGAUGAGACUGAAUUUCAAGUCGAUUCUGCACUUCAGAUCAUUGAGAAACUUAUUGGUCACUUUAGUUUGGAUCCUAAUAGGUGUUUGGACAUUUUGCUAGAAAUCAUCGAGAGUUCCUUCGUAUGUAAUUGCGAGAUGGCAAUAAGAUUGCUCAGGAAGUCGCGUUGGUGGCCAACAAAAGAAAGCGACAACUCCUCUAUUGAGACGCUAUCGUAUGGAGGAAGCGAACCUGGCGCCAAAGUCUUGGGAUUGAAGUUAUUGAAGAGUCCUUCAGAUAAAGAUUUGCCCGAAACGUUCAAAAUCAUGGUCAGCUGUUUGAUAAAGGAAGGCUUCAUCAGUUUCGGUGAUAUUUACCAAUACCUUAGACCUUCUGACGAAGAUAUGGAAGUUCUUGAAAAGGAGUACAAGAAGAAACUAGAAGACGAUGUGGCGAAAGCUGGAGCAAACGCUCUAGCAUUGGCAGCUCCUUUGGCAGACGAUGAAGAUGAAGGCAAAAAAAAAGAAAAAACAAUUAGUAAAAACGUUCCAGAACCACUUUCCUUUGAAAAGAAGUUGCAACUUAACUUCAAAUACCAGUUCUUACGUGUUUUGCUAGGAAAUGGUCUCUACUGGCCCUCUAUUUUCAUACUAACAAAGUACCCUUUCCUCGCAAAUGUUGAUCAGGAUAUUCCAGAAUUAUUGAACAGACUAUUCAACGCCAUGAUAUCACCACUUUUCAAUCAGAUAUCUCCAUUUACCAAGGAUGAAUUGUCUUCUUUGCAGACUUCAGGAAAACUCGCCUUUUCCAGACCUCACAACAUUGUAGAAUAUGACGAUUUCCCUUGUCAAAGCUUGUACACUUUCAAGACGAACAUCAAGAGCUACUCUCAAAAGAAGUUUAUUUACUUCUAUUCGUCUUGGUCUAACGGGUUACCCACAAUCGAUAGCGUUUUUGAACUCUUCAGAGUUUCAAAGGAAUUCUUAAAAUUCAUCGGUGUCAAUUUAUCACACGAUAUCGAGCUUUUUACCAAAAUAUGUGAGAUAGGUAUUUGGGACUUGAAAAAUAACCCAGAAGACUCCAACAGAAAAGAAGAAUGGUUCCAUUACUUCAGAAACUUCAUUUUCCCUGCCAUGGCUGUCAUCGAAGAAAACUCAAUUGCAAUCGACAAGGCAUUUGCAUUGCUAUCAUUUUAUCCGUUGGAAGACAGAUUUAGUGUGUAUGGGGAAUUGUAUCAAGUUCUUGCCAAAAACAACCCACUCGUAAAGAUGGCAUACGGAAAAGCCGAAAAAGCUACCAAGGCUGUCUUGAAAAGACUUUCCAAAGAAAAUGUCCGUCCCAUGAUGAGAAGACUUGCUAAGAUCAGUUUUUCUAAUCCUUUACCCUGUUUCUUGACUAUCUUACAACAAAUUGAAAGUUAUGAUAACUUGAACACCUUGGUUGUUGAAACUGCCAGAUAUUUCAAUAAAUAUGGAUGGGAUAAUCUUACUGCUGCUAUUUUGAUGAGAUUGACCCUUGCAGGAAGAUCAUCAACACAAGAUAAUGGAAUGGCAGAACGUCAAUGGCUUCAAUCAUUAGCUUCUUUUAUAGGUAAAAUCUGCCAACGAUAUCCUCAAGAGGUUGAUUUGCAUACUAUUAUUAAUUUCUUGUUGAAAUCGUUUUAUGUUGGAGAAAGCAUUGGGUUGAUAGUCUUGAAGGAAAUCUUCAUAGCAAUGGGAGGGAUUCAGACCAUUACCAACUUGACAUUGCAACAAAUCGACUUGAUCAACUGUGGAUCUUCUUUGGAGAAGUUGGUCUUCAGAACUAUCAAUGAUCUUAGAUACGAGAGACAAAAGUCCGGUUCAUAUUUGGUAAAAGCUUUUAUUGACUUGGACGCCAUAAACGAAUUAUUGGCUGUACUUUGUAACUUAUCAAAUGAUCUCGAGUCUACGUUCAACGAAACGCAUUUGAAAGUUUUGACUAGUAGAAUUGAUGACGUCAAAGCCGUGAUACGGCUUUUCAUUACUUUGGUGAAUUUCUUUGGAAGUAAAGAAGAUCUUGAAAAAUCAUUCAUGAGUAUUGCAGAAUUGACAGACACUUAUAAUGUUCCUCUUCAGUGGUCAUUUGAAUUGUGGAGACCGCUCUUAGCAGCCAAUGAAUCUACUGAGGUAUUAUCAGCAGGUUUUGUUUCAACCUUCUGGCAGUUGGCAUUGUAUGAUCUUAAUUACUCGGCUGACUUAUAUACCAAUGAAACUGUCAAGAUUGAGUCUAACAUAAGAAGUCUCAAGGAAUGGAUUUCAAUCAAUCUGCGCGAUAAAGAUGUAGCAAAGGCAACGAUCGAAAAAGCCAGGAAAGAUUUGAAACAGAACGAAGAGUUCUUGAAGCUUAUUCCACUGGAAAGAGAUAUACAUUCUGAACAUAACAACUCUGUAAUCGCGAGAUUGAACAAAGAGUCUUCACAUUGGUUUUUAAAGAAUGGAAAGGAAAGUGUAAGAUUGCAAAUGCAAACAUUUCUUCAGUUGUGUAUUUUACCAAGAGCUGUUCAGUCGUCAUUUGAUGCUGUUUUUGCUGCAAGAUUAAUCUUCAAAUUGCACGACUUUCAAACUCCUAAAUUUUACUUGAUAAUCUUGUUAGACGAAUUGAUUAAGAGCAGGGUCUUGUUUGCUACUUUGUUCACUUCAACUCCUACAGAGGCUGAGAAUUUGGGUUUAUUCUUUGCUGAUAUCCUCCGUACCUUGAAUACCUGGAGAAAUGAAGCGGUUUUUGAUAAGAUUGUAAGUAAUUCUUCUAUCUUGGACGAAACAGACGAAGCUUUGUCUUUUAAUGAUUUCAGAACAAGAUUGUACGAAUUUCAUGAAAUAAUCUUGAAAGACAUAGCAUCUGCUUUAGAGGUUACUGAGUACAUGUCGCGUCGUAACGGGAUUACAUUCUUGAAAAAUCUCCUUGGUGUUUACCCAAAUAUCGAAGAUCAAUGUGAAAAGAUAGUUGCUCUUAUAGACAAUAUUGCCCACAAGGAGACAAGAGAGGAUUUGAUCUUAUCAUCACGAGCUUUGGUUGGACAUAUGAAAUCUAGAACACAAGAAUGGGUCCAUCUCUGGGACUUCUUACCUAUGGAAGAUGAAGAGAAGGAAGCUCAUGUGAAGGAAAGAAAGCAUAUAGAAGAUGAAAGAUUGAAAGAAAAGAAGAGAUUGGAGGAAGAAAAGAGAAAGAAGAAAGAAGCAGAAAGAAAGAAGGAGGACGAAAAGAGAAAGGAAGAACAGAAGGCCUUAGAGCAGGCCGCUAGAGAAGAAGAGAUAAAGAAACAACUCAACUAUGACUCUCAGAAAUCUUCAACUCCACGGCCAAAUACUAGGGGCACAUCCAGUUCAUCCAGAGGUCGAUAUGACAAUUAUGCCAACGCUGGACCUUCUACUGCAGACACUAAAUGGAAGAAUGAAGCAACCAAUAAGUCUCAAAGAGGCAGACAGACUCCUGUGGGGCCCAAAGGUAACGAGCCUGAACAAAAGUAUGAGAUCAAGGAGAACAAAUCUAAUAUUUCCCAACCGAAGGAUGUACCUUCACACCCAGCAUCGGUUCUCAACCAUCAAACAGACAGGAGCGACAAAAAUCACGAUCGUAGAGAAACGACUCCUUCUAAGAUUCUGAACUUGAAAGCAAGAUUGUCUUUGGCAAAGAAGGAGCUUCAGGAGUCACGUGGAGAUAUUACUGAGAAUUCAAAAGAGUCAACUCCCAGAGCUCCAACACCCAGGGAGUCUAACAAAGCACCUACUAGAGAGUCUAAUAAAGCUCCAGUGCCUCAUCAGAACACUUCAUCCAACGACAGAUCUGUUUCUAAUCGUCAUAAAGAGGAUUCGAGACCAGCAAGAGCACCAUUACCUACUCAAAGUAGCGUUGCAGCUCUGAGAGACAGAGGCUAUAAUAAGGAGCAGUUUUCUCAGGGUAGAUUUGCAAACUCGAAGAACACAAAUAGACCCUCUCAGGGUGCAACGAAUAGAGGUAAUCAAGAUUCAAAGAAUACAAAUGGUGAAGGAAAAACAAGUGGAGGCAGAUUUGAAGAGAAGCAAUCUAGAAAUCGUUCUGAUGAUUCAGGAAGAGAUUCAGGUAGAGGUGGUAGAGAUAGAAUUGACGGAACAAAUUCUACUGUUCCACCUCCUCCUCCUCCCCCUCCAAGAAAGAGUCGUGGUGACAGAUUUGAAGAAGGAAGAUCUGGGAGGUAUGACAAUAAGAGA